AUGAGCGAGCAUAAUGGCGUGUACUUGAACAGCACCAGCCCGCUGACGCCGAGCCAAGCCGAGCACGUGAGCCUGGUUGCGCUGGUGUGCAGCGCCCUGAGUUGCGCAUUGUGCGGGGUCGCCCUCAUUGUGUUGUCCUGCACGUGCGCACGAAGCGUGGACGAUGACCCUGCCGGCGGCAGUGGUGGUGGCGUUGAAGGCCACGCUGAGCGGCGACGCAAACACAAUGCUUCACGGCUACAACACAGCCACCGCUCGUCUAUGGCAGCGAGCAUCCACCACGAUCACGCAUACGAUCACCGCGAACACAGACAUCGCAGGCCCCGGCCGGGCAGCUCCUUGUCUUUCGGAUCCACAACAGAUCUUGCCCCGGGCCUCAGCAGCCUGCGUGGUCUGGCCAUCCCCUCGCAUCCAACCUCAGAGGAGCUGCGUGUCUUGGCGCAGGAUGCGGCGGAUGGGGGACUUGCGGAGGAGGCGGGUGACCUCGGUGACGACAGCAGCCAAACCGCACCCCUUCUUGGAUCCAGCAGCGGGCACGGCCAGCCACCGCAGCCGUGGGUGCUCAGGAACGGCCACACCGCUGACCCUGCGUGCGACUCGCCAAGGAAGCGCGGGCGCUGGCGAAUGCAGUGGCGGAGAGCACCGCCCGUGCUCAAGUGGAAGGUGGCAACAGACUUGCUCCUUGUGGCCAACACCUUGUGGAUCAGCGCAUACGUGCUCAUCGUUGGACCACAGCACGUCAGCGGAUACAACUCGUCCGUGUGCCACGCGUACGCGGUUGUGCACGAGGUGGCAUCACACGCGUCCUCGCUUUGGUUUCUUCUCCUCAGCGUGGACCUGUGGCUCGCCGCACGCGACCCCUUUGCCAACAGCACGGGCAGCAUGUGGUGGUAUCACCUGACCGUGUGGAGCGUGACUGGCCUCAUCUUGCUCACGCUCAACGUGCUCGGUGCGACGGAGGAAGGCAUGUCCUCCUACUGCUGGUUCGACGACAUUGACAAGGAGGCGCCCAGCGAGCUAUCCCUGUUCAUGCGGCAGUUUCCACUCUCCCACAGCAUUGCCCUGCUUGCCUCCAUCAUCAUCCUCGUCCUCAUUGUUGGUGCCGUGGGCAGCUUGGACACCAACGCAUCCCUCGGCCUCUGCGCUCGCCGUUCCAUUCUCGUUCGCGGCGUUGCAUACGCCAUCAUCUUUGGCACCCUCGCCACCUGCAAGCUCGCCAUUGGCGUUGUGCUGCUUCUCCACCCGCCCUCGCAGGCAUCUGUGCGCGUGGUGAUGCGCUACGCCGAUGCGGACGCCUCAUAUCUGGCCGUGAUCGGGGUGGCCAACGUGCUGGCCGCUGUAUUAACCGUGCGCUGGGCUCGCCACUUGCACAACCGCGCAAUCAAGAUGCUCACUGUCACAGACAAGGUGCCCCUGCUGGCAGAGCGUGAGAGCAGCAGCAACAGCAGCAGUAGCAGCAGCAAUGACAAUACGGACCACGACGACAACGACAACGACGACGACGAUAAUGACGACGACGACGAAGGGCGAAGCGCGUCGGGCAGCAAGGAGGACCUGCUGCCUCAUCUUGGGCGGAUGGAUGGAUCAUUACACAACAGCAUGGUCGCCUUGGCUGCACCAUUGGCGGGCAGCGCAAUCACAGGCGAUGACGCCCACCUCCUUCGACUCAUCGGUUCACCCCCACCGUCGCUCCAUGCACACGGUGACCUCCCUUCCUUCUUUGCGGCGGCGAGUGGCCCAGCGUCAACACAAAGCACGCCUGGCGGUGUUUGCACGCCGCAUGCUGUACAGCGUCAAGGAAGCCACGGUGCUGUCAGGCGUGGCUCAAGCCCGCUGCAUCCCGCCUGUCCUGAUGCUGAGCAUGGCGGUGAUGGCGAAGGAGGAGACGGCAGCACGAUGUCGUGGGGCGCACGCACUGGUAAUGAGCAACGCAGUGGUAUCCACAGCAGCAGCGGCAAAGGCAACAACAGCGGUCAGCGCAGCGGCCACAGCAGACGUGACGGCAGGGAUGUCAGUGGCCGACGCAGCGCACAGUCAGCGCGCCUUCACCGGCAAGGCAGCCCCGUCUGGCUGUCACAGGGGCGCGCGCGCUCAGAUACGAUCGGGACAACGGCUUCGCUUGUGAGCCUUGAAAGUGACACGGCACUGGUGGGCCGGCAGAGCCAUCUUCGCGCGCAGCAGCUGAGCAGCGAGACGUGCCGCGCUGUUGGUCGCAGAGUUGAGUUGAUGGACGACGACGACACGCACGCGGCAGCCAUGCGGGCGAUGCGAGAUGAUGUGAUGCUGUGCACGCUCUUUGGCAUCGUCUCCACACUCAACAGCACGCGCACCAACCCGCCACCGCAGCUGCGGCAAACAGUGACGCUGCCGCCCGUGUUCAACCGCGAGAUUGAGUUUAUCGAUUACCACCAGGACAUUUUCGCCCGUCUCCGCUCCCUCUUCGGCAUCAGCGCCAGAGAGUACGCUGCGUCGAUUUGGGGCGACCAGAUGCGGCAGGAGAUACAGAAGAUGACCGAGGGCUUUUCCUCCGGACGCAGUGGCUCCUUCCUCUAUCUCACACACGACAAGCAGUAUGUUGUCAAGACAAUCGACAAGAAAGAGUGCGCGUUGCUGCGUGAGCUUCUCCCCGCGUACCUGACGCACAUGCGCAACAACCCGACGUCACUCCUUGUUCGCUUCUGCGGCCUCCACGCUGUCCGGCUGACGAAGGAACAGCGCUACAUCACGUUUGUUGUUCAGCAGCACAUUGUCAACACCGCGCGCUACUCCGCACGUGUCCACCGCAUGUACGACCUCAAAGGGUCACAGUACAAUCGCAGUGCUGUGAACCCACCGCAGGGCUGCGGCGCCGCUCUCCUCAAUUCAAAACGCGAGCACAAGCGAGGCCAACAUUCGCCACGUCAUGAGCAGCACGAACACCGACACAGCGGAAAGCGCGGUGUCAGUCGGGCGAGCGCUGGCACGCGGCACUUCAAGGACCUUGAUCUGAUGUCACACGGGGUGAUUGCGGUUGGGCGGAAGGCACGGAGCUCGCUGUCCACGCGGUUGGCGGCGGACGUUGCGUUCCUGCACGAGCAAGGCAUCAUCGACUUCUCCCUGCUUGUCGGCGUGCACUUUCGGCGACCAACAACCGUGAUGCCGCCACCGCUUGAGAGCAGCAGCAGCAGCGGUGGCGGUGGCUCGCGGCGUACACGACGCAGGGUGAAGGGAAAGGGCAAGGGCCCGGCGACCAUCCUUGACGGCGUGUCUGCCGUGUUCAUGCAGCGCGAGUGCAUUGUCUACUUUGGGAUUAUUGACAUUUUGCAGAGGUACGACCGGAAGAAGAGGUUGGAGCACUUUGCCAAGACCAAACUCAUGGGGGUUGACCCCACCACCCUCUCCUGUGUUGACGUGGACUUGUACUGUGAGAGGUUUUACUCUCGCGUCUUGCAGCACUUUGUCUGA